UAAUCUUUUCACGGAAUUAUUACCCUGCUAAACAAGUUAUAAGAGAGAAUAUUGAAAACUUUCAUGAAUUAAGCAUUAGUUUUUCUUCCUUCUUUUUUUUAUCACAUGUUUUUUUUUACUUCUGCACUCACCGCAAAUCCAAAGUUGUCCUUGGUUAGUCCUUCCUUCAGUUGUUGGUUUCUCAAGCGGCACGUGUGAAAGAAGUUUAUUUAAAGAAGUUCCUGUUGUUUUAAUAAAAAAUGGAUCCUAUUCGUGUUCUCGUAACUGGAGCUGCUGGACAAAUUGCUUAUUCUCUUUUGUAUUCUGUUGCAAAAGGAGAUGUGUUUGGCCCAAAUCAGCCUUUGUCACUACAUUUAUUGGAUAUUGCCCCUAUGAUGGGAGUAUUAGAGGGUGUAGUUAUGGAACUAAAUGACUGUGCAUUUCCUUUAUUGAGGGAAAUUAUACCUACUGCUGACGAGAAGGUAGCUUUUUCUGACAUUGAUGCAGCAUUUCUUGUUGGAGCUAUGCCACGAAGAGAAGGAAUGGAACGUAAAGAUCUGUUGGCUGCUAAUGUUAAAAUUUUCAAAAGUCAGGGCAAGGCUUUAGACCAGUAUGCUAAAAAAGAUGUUAAAGUCUUAGUUGUUGGGAACCCAGCUAAUACAAAUGCUUUCAUUUGUAGCAAAUAUGCUCCAUCAAUUCCAAAAGAGAAUUUUUCAGCUAUGACCAGACUUGACCAAAAUAGAGCUACUUCACAAAUUGCAAACUUGUUGAAGGUAAAUGUAAGUGAUGUUGCUAAUGUCAUCAUUUGGGGCAACCACUCAUCUACUCAAUAUCCAGAUGUCUCUCAUGCUAUUGUUAGCAUAAAUGGAACAGUCACAGGCGUCCCUGAUGCUGUUAAAGAUGAUGGUUAUCUUCAAGGCGAAUUCAUUACAACUGUACAAAAAAGAGGUGCUGCUGUUAUUGCUGCCCGUAAGCUAUCUAGUGCAAUGUCUGCUGCCAAAGCUGCAUGUGAUCACAUGAGAGACUGGUUUGCUGGCGUGUCAGAAGGCCGAUUUGUUUCUAUGGGAGUAAUAUCUGAUGGCUCAUAUGGUACCCCUAAAGAUGUUAUCUACAGCUUCCCCGUGACAAUUGGACCAAACAAAAAGUGGAACAUUGUUCAAGGUUUGCAAGUGAAUGACUUUUCCCAAGAAAAGAUGAAAAUCACUGGUGAUGAGUUGCUUCAAGAGAAAGAGGAAGCUCUCUCUGUCUGCCAAGAUUGACAAAUUGCUCCCCCUACAGCCAAUUUAUAACUGAGAUUUCCCUCACUUGUAGCAAAAGCAUUAAAAGGGAUUUUUUUCAUCCCAAGCUUUUUCAAGCAACGAAAGUCUAUUUUAUACCGUUAUUACUCCUAUGGAACUUGAUCAAAAUAUUACGGUGGUCUAUGGAAUUAUGAAAUAUUAAUUCUUUAAUUAGGCAUAAAUUUCUAGUUCCUCCUGUAAAAAUAAUUAAUCCAAAAGACUUACUUCAAAAUUAUUUGAAUACACUUUUAGAUGCCAGUCAAUUUAAUCAAUGUAGGCUGUAGGUUGGGAAUUCUUGCACAAAAUCAUUAGUUUUAAAAAUUCUUUAAAUGCAUUUCAUUUUACUAUACUUUUUUUUUUCAUGUCUUGUAUUUACUUAAUCAAAAGGACAUUAUUUAAUGUUAAUAACUAUUUUCAAUCCUUUAUCUCAAGUUCUUUAAUGGAUUGUAACUAAAUAAAAGUUACACUAUUACAUUCUAAAUUUUUGUAUACUAUUGUUACGAAUGUUUAAAUGUUUAAAAUCAGUUAUAUUUAUUGACUGAAAAUAUCAAAUGAAAAAAAAUAUUUUUAUAUAUUUUAAAUGUACUGAUUUAAUGUUUAAAAAAAAAAAGGUGCAAUAUGUAUAAGAGAUUUUCAAAGCUGAAGAAUCUAGUUUUCCUUUUUUAGAUACUUAAAUUCACAUUGUAUGCAAAUUAUGAUAGAGAACCAGUAAUUUUUGUAGCAAAUAAAAAAAUUCUGAAAUAA